AUGCCAAAUCCCACGCCAUUUAGUAUAGCGAAUGCACCACAAUUACGUUGUACAACUAACAAGUACGAUGUUACAACAUGUGGCGAAUGCGAAGCCUGCCGUUUAACCCAGGUUUUAAAUAAAACUAAAGAAUGGUUUACACGUUGUGGCGAAGCAUCGCAACGUCGUUUUACUAUGGGCUUAAUGAGUCGUAUUGAUUGUAAAACAACGUAUGAAAGAUUAUUAAUGUUACUUACACCUUUAGUUGGAAAAGAUUACACUUACACUAGAUCGCGUAGUAGUCCUAGUUUAGAAAUCGAUUACGUUUCAUCACCAUCUGAUCGAGCGCUUAAGAAAUCUUUCGUAAUUAAUUGUAUCAACGAAACUUGGCAAUGGUUUACUUCAGCUAAAGAAUGGACGCGUAUAAAUUUUUUGCUAAGCAUCUUGCAAUGGUGUGACACAAGGUUAUUACACAUACUUAAUAGCCAAUGUAAAGCUCUGCAUAAGUGGAAAACUAAAGAAGAUGUUUCUCCCGAAAAUAGCUUUCAUAAUGAUGACAGUCGAUCAGAGUACACUGUAUCUUCUCCUCGAACUCCAUCGCCUUCAUCGAGGUCUGCCUUAAUUGCUAAAGAAAGUAGAUCAAGUACUGUUAUAAGCUCGCAAUUAGCCAGACCCUCUACGGCAAUUUCUGUUCGAUCGGAUAACAGCUCAUGUAUAACUGAACCAGUUCCAAUUCAAACAUAUGGAAACUGGACUGACAAUAAUGAUAACCGAAAUCCUAAAUCGUAUUCUAGCUAUUCUGGUAAAGAGACCAAUAUACCGCAAUGUAUCCAAGAUAGCGACAAUCAAUAUAAUAAUAUUGAAGAUUUUAGAGACGAAAAUUUAGAAGAAUACAUAAGCGAUGAUGGUCAGAGUUCUGAUGAAGAAAUCUCAUUUCCACAAUAUGUUAUCAACGAUACAUCAGGAUCAUGCACUUAUGUUGACAUGAUCAAACGUCUACCUGUUCAUAUUUCUAAGAAUAUUCUAGGAAUGUUGGAUAGAGUCCAUUUAGCUAAUUGCUUAUGCGUCAGUCAACAUUGGCGAAUUCUAGUCGAGCAGGUCCAAAAUGAUAAUAUGUUGCAACAACAAGUUUGGGAAGAAAUUAUGCUUAUGAAGGGUUCCUCCGCUCGAGGAUGCAACAUCCGUUUUGCCUCUAUGACUCCCGUUCCUGUUCCCCAGGUUGUCGAAGGGACGCACCAGGUUGAAUUAACCAAAGAAUCAGUAAAUAGCCCGAAGCAUCUCCAUGAUAUUCGAAAUUUAAGGCAUGCCUAUAAUGGCGUUAAGACUAUAGAUGUUGUAAUGGAUGAAAGAAACAUAUUUUGUGAUGCAUAUAAUCUCAUUGUCGUUUCAGAUCAAUUGGAUAAACAUCGGAUUGUCCAUUUUGGUGGUGGCGAGUAUAUCCUAGUAGGAUCAGUCGAUCGUAGAAUCAAAUUACUCCAUGCACAGAAUGGCAAAUUAGUACGCGUCUUUCAUGGUCAUGCAGGCUCAAUCAGGGCUCUCUACAUGUGUGAGAAAGAGGGUUACAUAUUAAGUGGUAGCUAUGAUACUACAAUUAGGUGCUGGUCUCUAGCCACAGGCACAUUCUUAAAGAUAUUUCGUGGCCAUCAAGGAACAAUUACUUGCCUUGAUUUGCACAAUAAUAUUCCCGUUUCUGGUGCUCGCGAUAAACAAGUGAAAGUGUGGAAUAUAUUUACCGGUCGAUGUAGGCGGACUUUCAAGCAUAGGCAUGUCAUAUCUGAUGUCAAGAUAUUCGAUGACACUGUUGCAAGUUGCUGCGAAGGUGGUCGAGUGAAAGUGUGGGACGUAAUCAAAGGAAAAUUAAUUAAGUCGCUAAAAGGGCAUGUCGGGCCAGUCAAUUGUAUCAAAUUAGACAAAUAUCACCUUGUUAGCGGUGGAUCUGAUGGUUAUGCUUUCUUAUGGAGUGCUAUUGGAAAUUAUAAAGGUUGUCUUGGUGCAUUUCGGCAUCCCAAUGCCGUCACAUCGGUUGAUUUUCAUUACUGCCGAAUUAUUACCGGCUCUGAAGACGGCAAAAUACGUAUUUGGAGUAUUAUUAAUGGAGAUUGUUUGCGCGUUAUGCGAGGCAAUAGCAGAUCUGAUCCUAUAUUUAAUCUAUUUGCCCAAGAUAAUAGAUUAAUUACCAGUACUAUGAGAAACGUCUUUAAUUAUACUUUUGAACCUGUGGAUUGGGAUUACAAUGCUACAACAGCCAAGUUUAAGGUUGAAAUACUUACUGUGCAGCAUGACAAUAAACCGGUUGAACGAUUAGCACCUUCAUAUAUCCGCGUAUUAAGAAAUCGAACGUUUUCAACAAAUAAUGAUCGCGUCCAUCAUGAUACCGUCACACCGGGCAAAUAUGGCUUGCACGGUAGACCAUUAACAGCAAAUACACUAAAUCCAAAGAGUAGACCUAAUAGUAGUUGCAGUAGUGGUAUAUCCUUUUCAUCGCGAUGCGUGAUACAAGAUAAAGAUACUACCAACCUUAAAAGACCAUCGACUGCAAACGUUAGUUCUCAAGUUUAUGGUACUAAAGAUCGUACCUUACGACCAAGGUCCUCACCGGCUAAAUUAUAUCGCAAGCGACAAGAUCAACAAGAUGAUGACGACAAUAUGACCUUAAAUACUUGCCUAUCUGCUAGGUCAGUAAGAGCUACUUCAGAGACUCAAGUUGAGACCGUAAAAACUUUCCAAAAGACAACAUCCAAGCUAAGGCCAUCCACAGCACCAGUUAUCCGAUUUGCUGAUAAUAUCAUCUCUGAUAUGUAUGUUGAGCCGCGUAUCAUUGGCCGUGUUAAAAGUGCGAAUGCUGCAUUAGAUCGCCCACAGUCUUCCAAUAUCAAUCAAAUGACCAAAAUGGUUUUUAAAGUGGGACAACCAUAUAGCAAAGAUAGCAAUAGCGAUAACGAUAAUAAUGAUAGCCGCCAAAUUAAGAAACAUCGAACUAAAAGUGCCCAUAUUUUGCAUUCGUCUGCAUCUGUUCAGUCCAUUAAUAUUGAUAAGAUUAAUUCCAAUAAUUAUUUAAAUUUAAAAACUUUUGAAGAAGAGUUAGCCUAUACUAAAAAUUUAAAGAAAUUCAACCUGGCUAUUAGCAAAUCGAAGAAAAAGAAUCAGUAUAUAUCAUUGGACUAA